AUGUCGUCGCAUGCCGUCUGGAUCAGCAACGGUCAGACGAUCCUUUACGCCCCGUUCGUCUGCGAUAGCGUUGGUCCUGAACACUUGUGGAAUCCAGACAUCGUCCAUGGAUUCUUCGCCCGACACUGGAGUUCGUCAAUUUAUUUGGCGCUAGGCUAUGUGCUGUUGGUCAAUGCCCUGCAGCGAGUUAUGGAAACCAGGAAGCCUAUGAGUAUGAGGACAUUACUCUUUCUGUGGAACGGCACCUUGGCAGUGUUCAGCUCCAUGGGAACAUGGCGAUUUGGCCUCGAGGUCUACUACAUGCUAAUAACAAGGCCAUUCACGGAUUCGGUUUGCUUCUCGGUGGAUCCUCAUAGUCCCGCUUCUUUCUGGGCGUGCUUGUUUGCAUUCUCGAAAGUCGCCGAGCUCGGAGACACACUUUUCCUUGUGCUUCGGAAGCGCCCGGUGAUCUUUCUUCACUGGUACCAUCAUGCCGUCGUCCUCAUCUACUGCUGGCAUUCGGGUAGUUGCGUUUUCUACAAGUGCCUAUUUCUAGCUGUUGAGUUAACGGCCGCUGGACGUUGGUUCAUUUGGAUGAAUUACUUCGUGCACUCGAUUAUGUAUACAUACUAUACCGUAGUAUCAACAGGCCUUCGACCGCCGAAGCGAUUCUCAAUGGCUGUCACUGCUUUACAAACUACGCAAAUGCUCGUAGGUGUAACGAUUUCGGUUUAUGUGUUAUACCUGAAGCUCACUGGCAUGGUAUGCCAGCAGUCUUUUGACAAUCUAGCCAUUUGCUUUGCUAUAUAUGCCUCUUUCUUGAUCCUAUUUUCCAAGUUCUUUAACAUGGCAUACCUUGUAAAAAACGAUAAGGUAAAGCCAACGAUGAAAACAGACUAA